AGGAUCGCCGAGAACGCUUGAAGGCUGCACGUUUGCAAAGAUCAUCCUUCACGAAGGAAGCCAUCUCUUUGAUUCGAAGAGGUUCACAAAGAAGCGACGUGCAUGACGCCAGCCAAGUGGACAGGCCUGUGAAAACCGUGAAGACAGUGAAGAUGGGUGUGCGACUGGACUCUCCCAGUGGGCAUCGCCACAUUGAUGCGGAAAUUUACGAGCAGAUGCAAGGGCUUGAGGAUGUGAAGAGAAGGCAGUUGAAACUGGCUGCUUCUCAGCUCUUCCGAGACUUGGCAUUGCGGGCAAACCAUCGACUUGCAGAGCAGGAGCUCCUGCGCCGGAAGUGGGGUGCAAGAAGCAUCGAGCAACAGCUCCUACGCCAAGCCAUCAGGGUGAUGAAGAAGAGGAGAUGUGCAGCCGAGGAUUCUUCGGACAGCAUCCUUCGGAGGUGCUCUGACCUCCUGAGUAGCUGGCUGAGCAAAGCUGAAGCCAGAGAAUGUUGUGCUUGUCUGAGACGGGGAGGCGGACCUUGGAGCCAAAAUGAGUCAAGUGAAGAAAUGGCCAAAGAUGUUGCAAUCUACCAGCAGGAGAUUCUGUGUUUGCACAAGCUUUUACCAGAAUCUCCAGCUUCACCUCCUGAGAGAGUGGUCGGAGGAGAUGCAACAGCACCAGGGCCUCCAGCAUUGCAAACAGCGUUGUGGACAAGAAAUGUGGUGAACUUCACUUGUGGACGACAAACAUGUCUUAAACUGUUCAUGCACGUGGCUUGA